AUUAGCCUCACUUAAAAUAUCGUGAUCGCUAAUCGUGAAGCAGAAUAAUCACAUACUAAAAAAAGAAAAAAAAGAAUUAUAAUGUGGAAUUACGAAUGGACUUCUUCAUAUUCCAAAAAAAAAUCCUACAGAUAUUUUUUGGAUACGCCACCAUUAAUCGUUGAUCACAGGGUAAUACACAUCAAUCCUGAUAGCAAGCCGGAGCAAACAAUUUUUCCAGAUAAUCAUAUUGUCUCCAAAAAAUAUACAAUGUGGAAUUUUAUACCAAAAAAUCUUUUUGAACAAUUUAGACAACUAGCAAAUUUUUAUUUUCUUACAAUGGCGAUAACAUCUGUAUCAAUAAAGUCUCCGAUCUCUCCUAUAACGAGCAUCCUUCCCCUAACUAUUGUCAUAGUAGUAACUGCGUGCAAGCAAGGCUUCGAGGAUUAUAAUCGUUACGUUAAUGAUAAACGAGAGAAUCGGACAUUCGUCACUGUCAUACGCAAUAAAUGUGUACAAAACAUUUACCGUGAAAAUAUAGUAGUCGGUGACUUAGUGAAGAUAUAUCGCGAGGAAGAUAUCCCUUGCGAUCUUUUGCUUCUCUAUAGCACAGAAGAUUCGGAAUGCUGUUACAUUACCACGUCAAAUCUUGAUGGUGAAACCAAUUUAAAGACUGUGGCGAUUCCAAAAGUACUCUCAAAUAUGUCGAUGCAACAAAUAAUAUCCUUAAACGCCAUUGUCACUUGUCAACAUCCUUCAUCCAAUCUUUAUUCUUUCCAUGGUAAAAUGGAAAUCAAAGAUGAAAACAAUGAAACGAUCAGAAGUGGAUAUCUAAUGAUCAAUAAUUUACUGCUUCGUGGAUCUAGAUUGAAAGACACGGAUUAUAUUAUCGGUUGUGCGAUUUAUACUGGUCACGAUACAAAAUUGUCUCUCAAUUCAAAGAUAACAAGUAAAAAAAUGUCAACGUCUGAAAAAUCCAAUAAUAAAUAUAUCGUAUGUUUUCUCAUCAUAUUACUAUUUGAAGUAAUAGAAUCUUGUACAAUGAAAGCCGUACUAGAGGAAUCAUGGUCAGAGUCAUGGUCAUCAUACCUAAACGAUAUUCAAUCCUUUACUUUUUCCUCAUUGGUUACGGAUUUUUUAAGUUUCCUUAUCCUUUACAAUUAUAUCGUGCCGAUAUCAUUAUACGUUAGCAUAGAAUUACAAAAAUUCUUCGGUUCGUUUUUCUUCAGCUGGGACAUUGACAUGUAUGACGAAGACACGGAUCAACCAGCAUUAAUUCACACGUUGAAUCUAAACGAGGAACUUGGCCAAAUUGAAUAUUUGUUUGCAGAUAAAACUGGUACACUCACCGAAAAUAUGAUGGUAUUUAGGCGUUGUUCGAUCAAUGGAAAAAUGUAUAUGGAAAAAGAUUGCGAUGGCAAAUUGUAUCUGUUACCUCCUAGUGGAGAUGAAAAUCAGGCAGUUGUAUUAAAUACCUGGGAGCCAGAACAUUGGCAUUUUAUGAUAAGCAUCGCUCUAUGCCAUACAGUUCAAAUUUCACCCCUGAGUCAAAAAGCCAGUGUCAUCUUGAAACGUAAAGAAUUUCGCAAAAGUUUCAAGCAAAAGAAAAUCCUUCAUGUAGAUAGUUCUCUUUUGAUGCAUCCGGACUUACCAGAAUAUCAGGCAACGUCGGCAGACGAAAAAGCUUUGGUUGAAGCUUGUGCCAGAUGCGGAGUCGUUUUUGAAUCAAGAAAAAACGAUACAAUAGAAUUAAAAAUCCAGAAUAAAAUUUUGACUUAUAAAGUGCUUGAAAUUCUAGAAUUUACUUCCGAACGUAAGAGAAUGUCGGUAUUGGUAAAAGACUCAGCUGGAGAUUAUUGGUUAUACAGCAAGGGAGCAGAUAGCACUAUGUUGCCAAUUAUAAUCGAAGGAAAAAUCAAUGAAGUUAUUACGCACGUGACUGAUUUUUCUAUGAGAGGUUUUCGAACUCUGGUUAUUGGAUAUAAAAAGAUAAACGAAAAGAAAUAUAAUAAAUUUUCGAAUGAACUAGAAAAAGCUAGACAAAUAAUUGGUAUAGAACGAUCAAAAUAUGUAGAACAAAUUUAUAAUGCAAUAGAAAGAGAUCUCACUUUACUAGGUGCGACUGCUAUUGAAGACCGUCUUCAAGAAGGAGUAUCAGAAACUUUGGAAUCCUUGCAAGUAGCUGGAAUUAAAGUAUGGAUAUUAACUGGUGAUAAAGCGGAAACCGCAGAAAAUAUAGCAUAUCUCUGUGGUCAAUUUAAGAAUGGUAUCGAGGUUCUUAAAUUGUUAGAAAUAAGAGAAAAAGAAACUUGUCUUCACGAACUUACAGAUUAUGAAAGAAGAUUGAAACUCGAACCUUCUAAACAAUUUGGAUUACUAAUCGAUGGACAAAGUCUUGAAGUUGCAAUAAAAAAUUAUGCAGAUGAAUUCAGAUCAAUCGCAAUGGUUUGCGAUGCAGUCGUUUGUUGUAGACUAUCUCCGUUACAAAAAAGUGAAAUUGUAAAAUUGAUUAAAAAAGCAAAGAGUCGGCCGCAUACCGCUGCCAUUGGUGAUGGAGGAAAUGAUGUUUCGAUGAUACAAGAAGCUCACGCUGGAAUUGGAAUAAUAGGCAAAGAGGGUCGGCAAGCGGCCAUUAACUCUGAUUUUGCAAUAGCUAAAUUUAAAUUUUUAAAGAAAGCAUUAUUUGUGCAUGGACAUUGGUAUUAUAUCAGGACCGCCAAUUUGACGCAAUAUUUUUUUUAUAAGAAUCUUAUCCUCAUGAUACCACAAUUUAUAUUUAGUAUAUUUUGUGGGUUUUCCACACAGGUAAAACCUAAAUUUCAGAAUGGAUAUCUUUACAAUGGUUUUCUAUUUUUAAGUUAUUUUAUCUAUUUGCAGUCAUUUUUUGACGCCUUAUACUUAAUGUCUUACAAUGUAAUAUUCACAUCUUUUCCAAUAAUGAUGUAUGGAUUGUUUGAACAGAAUUAUAGUGCUGAUACGUUAUUGCGUAAACCAUAUCUGUAUAGAUUAAAUCAAGGCAAUUGUUUAUUAUCUAUGCAGCAGUUAUUCUUAUGGAUUUUUCUAGGUUCUUGGCAUGCUAUUGUUAUAUUUUUUAUGCCAUAUACAUACAUACUCAUCAAUCCUGUUACUUUAUAUAAUAAUACGCCAAUAGAACAAUGGACAUUCAGUAUACUUGUUUUCCAUUUAGUCACACUAAUAGCCAAUUUACAGAUACUUUUACGUAGUUCUUAUUGGACAAUACCACUUAUAUUAGUAGUAUUAUUCUCACAACUAAUAUUUGUUGCAUUUGCAGUUACUCAUUCAUUUAUACCCAUAAGAUACGAUGGUGAUAUGUUGAGGGUCUUUAUAAUAUUAGUAUCGUCGAUUACAUUUUGGCUUCUAACUAUUGUGGUCGUCGUCACUUGUUUAAUUCCUGAUUAUUUGCUACUUACAUAUAACAACUAUAGAUCUACUUUUAAACUAAGAAAAAAUGAAGAAUCAUGGCGUUUUAUUAAUAGCGAUAACGAUAAUACACAAAAUAUAUAUAUAUUUCCAUUUUCAGAGAUAACGUUUUAACAUGUCACAGUUUUGGAGACACAAUUUUAUAUUACGAAAAUCCGAAUGAGAUAAUAUUGCAUCGAGGAACUUCAAUUUUCUAUGAAAUUGGUAAAUUGUCCUUUGUAUUAUAUAGAACGUAAGUCAUUUAUUAAUUUAUUAUUUACUUAUCUAGAUUAUAUAUAUAAUAUUCUUUAUAAAUAUGUUUACUAUAUUUAUUAUUAUAUUUUAUUGUAAUGUAAAACUAUCAAUUUAUAAAAGUACUUUAUAUUUAUUUAUAAUUUCUUAUUAUAUAUAUGUCUAAAUUAUAAAAUGAAGCAACUCGAUUAAAUGUUGCAGCAAGAUUUAAAAUGUAUUUAUAAUAUAUACAUUUUUUAUCCUCAUAUCAUAAUUACAUUAUGCAUAAAAAUAUCGUAAAUAUAAUAUAUAAUAUAUAUUUACGAUGUGUGCGUAUGUGUGUAAAUAAUAUUUUAAUAAUUUGUCUGUUUUUUUAUUGUUAUUAUUUUAUUAUUAUUUGAAAUGAUUAGAAAAUUUUUAAUUAAAUUAUUUACAUGAUACAGUAAUGCUCCAGAAAAUACAAGUCGAAAUAAUUCAGAAAAUAUAAAUUUCCUAUUUUCAUUAAUUUAUUACAAUUUAAGUAAAUCAGUUUUUGACGGAAUAAAAUAAGAAUUGAUCAGUUUAAUCUAUAAAAAAUUAAAUUUUUAUGAUUUUCAUGUUAUUAUAAUAUAAAAAUUGAUAUUUAAUUACGAAAUUUGUUGUUGUUUUAAUUAUAUUAUAUUAAAAUGAGUUCAAGCAUGUAAAUCAAUUUCUGUAAUUAGAAUAGCAGAAGAUAAAUUUCAAAAAAUAUCUUCAAGUAUUACUGUAUUACUAAUUCUUUAAUUAUUUUAUUAUAAUCUAUUGAAUAUUAUACACAUACUAUUAUAGAAUUUCAAAUAUAAUAUAUUCUUGAAAAAGAAAUAUUGAAGUUGAUAAAUUUGAUAUAUUUAUAUUAUGUAUAUAUUAAUCAAAUGUAAAUUAAUAUAGAAUAAUUAUAGGAUGAAAAUAUGUGCUUUUCUAUUUUGUGAUUGAACUAGAAGCAUUUUUAAUUUUUUAAAUGAUCGAAUCUUAUAAUAAGUGUUUAAUAAUGUAUAUUUCUACUAAUUAUUGUAAAUAAUUUUAUUGUAAAUAAUUUUAUAUAAAAGAAAAAAUUAAUUUUAAAAAUUAUAUAAUGUCAUUGCACAUGAUAAAUUUUAAAUUGUGUGUAGCAAAAAUAAUAUAUGUGAUGAUGUUUUGUAACGUCGUAAAUACAUUAAAGAUUUAAUUUGUAUUUUUCUCUUUUUAUAUCCAUGCAUAUCAAGAUUUCAUGUUUUCUGUGUAUUUUUCUCAAAUGACGCGCCUUAAUGGUAGUUAUAUCUAUAGUUCAAAACUGAAGUUAAUUCUGUUCAGUUUCACGGGAAAGAUAGGGUAUGUCAAUAUUCGCCAAUGUUUUUUCGCUGUUUCAACAUGAUGUGAUAAAUUUCCAGAGAGAAAUUCUAAAAGAAGGCAAAUAUACGAUGAAAGAAGAAAGAAAAAAACAAACUUCAAGAAAUAUCUUAUAUAAUUAAUUAUAGCUUAUGAUCUUAUUAUUGAAUGAAAAAAAAAAUAAGAAAAUAGAAGAAUGAAAAAGGCUAUAAUUAAUUGUAUAAAUUGAAGACAUUAUUUGUGAUAUUAUUAGAAAACUGGUAAAAAAAAAGAGUCAUGAUGGUAGAUUAAUUAUUUAUUUGUUAAGUCUUAAAGUUGUUUUAACCUAAGGAUUGUUUUAAAAAAGAAUCAAUUAAGUUUGUUGCAAACGAAAUGUUGCCAUUUUUCACAUAUUUAAUUAUAGAUCAAAGUUGUUAAUUCUAUACAUUUUCACGAAGUAUACAUAUUAGAUUUAUACAUAUUUUGUAAAAAUAGAUUCUUGUUAGUUAAUUUUUUAGGAAAGGAUUUUGUACAAUGGUCUGUUGAAACAAUAUAAAAUUAUUGUUAUAUAUAAGUUUAUUUGAUUUUAAUAAAAUUAAACUUAUAUAAUUUCUGUAUUCAUUUAUUUUUUUAAGAUUAUAUUUUAUAUGUUUUGUUUGAUUAUUCUUUUAAACUUGAAAUUUUGUAUUUAUAUAUUUACUCUUUAUUAUUUUUUAAUACUUUGUUUUACUUAAAUUGAUGUUAAUUAUUAAUAUUUAUAAUAAAUUUGUAUGUCUAUGAAUAAA